AUGGCCAGAAACUGUGCUCACAACGAGAGGGGUGGGGAGAGUGUUACAUGCAGCACUGGCGUAGAACUGGUCGGAUACAUGGCCAACGACUGGAACCUCCCCCUGAUAACCACCCUUGGCGGGUCCGGCGAGCUGGACAACAAGACUCGCUUCUCCACCCUGACCCGCCUCUCGACAUCCCUCGUCCACCCCUACCCGAAGACAACGCACCUACUGAUGAAGAAGUACGGGUGGCGCCACCUGGUCAUCAUGUACGACAAGUCGAACCUGUGGCAGUCAAUAAUGUCCGACAAUUUCGUCGACUACUUCAAGACGACCAACAUCAUCUUCACCAAGCUGGGAAUUUACGUCGUAGACGCGGGCGUGGAAGAGUAUACGACGGCGCUCACAGCGGCCAGCUUAGACGCCAGAAUUAUCUUCCUACUGUUGAGAACUGACACGAUCCAAAUAUUUCUAUUGGUUGCACGUGACCUAGGAUACACAUCCGGAGAAUACGUGUUUAUUAGUCGCUCCCAGUCUGCUUCCGACAUCGAUAGCUUACCUGAUAGCACGUGGCGCCAAGGAGGCGAACAUGACGAGGCUCUAAAAGAGGCCUACCAAAGCGUCCUCCUGAUUGGCUUGCACCAGCCGUUUUUAGAAGGCAGGCAGACGUUUCAGGAAGAAGUGUCCAAACGAGCCUUACUUUACUAUGGCGUGGAUUACAGCGGUCAAGUGAUGUCGCGGCACCUGGCUCUGUUCUACGACGCGUUCAUGAUGUACGCCAAGGUUUUGAACGAGACGUUAGCGGAGGGAAUGGAUCCACUCGAUGGACAUGCCGUGUCCAGACGGAUGUGGAAUCGGACUCAUGCUCAUGGCGCCAGUGGUGAAAUCUCACUCAACGAUAACGGCGACAGAGACUCAGACAUAUCAGUUGUGGACAUGACAGACCCAGGGAAAGGAAGCUUUCAGGAGAUCGCUAUGCGAGUAGCAAAAGACAACUCAUACCAGGAGAUGAACACCGCGGCGAUCCACUGGCCAAACAACCGUGGUCCGCCCCCGAACAUCCCAGAUUGUGGUUUCCGUGGAGAUCAGUGUUAUGACAAAGGUCAGAGUGACAGUCUGCUGUACUCCCUGAUAGGAAGUCUGGUCGCCCUGGUGCUAGUCGUUCUCAUGAUAUCGUUCGUUAUUUACAGGAGGUGGAAGUUGCAGAAGGAGUCUGAGAGGUGGUGGUGGAGGGUGAGCCAGGACGAGGUGACGCCGGCAAUGGGGACCGUGAUGAUGAGGUCCACGCUGUCCUUCCAGUCCAGGCUGAGUAUGCUAUCCAAGGACACACUGACAGCAGACUAUGCCAUAUUCAAGAUUCGAGGGUUGAGUCACACGAGUCUGGCUCGACUGAUAGGCGCGUGCCUAGAAGGAGACCAGAAGUUCCUAGUCAUCGAGUUCUGUUCCAAGGGAACUUUACAGGAUGUCCUCGGAAACUCCAGUAUUAACCUCGAUGUGCAGUUCAAGUAUUCAUUGUGUGUUGAUAUUGCACAGGGCAUGUACUACCUUCACUCGAGUGCUGUACACCACCAUGGCAGACUGACCAGCGCCGUCUGUCUGAUAGACAACAGAUUUUCGGUGAAGAUCUCAGAUUUCGGACUUCCUUCAAUAUACAGUCAGAUGAUAGUGGACGAAACUUCCCAGGAAUAUAAACAAUCGUGUCUGUGGAAGGCCCCGGAACUGCUGCGAUCUAGCAACAUCAACCUGGGAACUCGGGAGGGAGACGUGUACAGUUUUGGAAUCAUCGUCCAGGAAAUCGUGACGCGCGAGGCGCCAUUCGCCUCAGAGACAGCAACGAUGACGUUAAACGGCAUGCUUAUACUCUUAAUUAUAUUGAUGACGUUGUUUGUGUCCCCAGCCGUGUUGGAAAGACUGAAGUUCGGCUCGUCCACGCCUCUGCGUCCUGCGAUUGACAUUCCGCGGAAGGAGGAGGGAUUAGCGAACCUCAUGAAGAGAUGCUGGACGGAGCAACCCCUAGAUAGACCCACGUUCCACUCAAUCAAAAUGAUCAUCAAAACACAGGCCAGCGAGUACGGGAUAUCAGGAAACCUGCUGGACAAUCUCCUCAAGAGGAUGGAGCUGUACGCCAACAACCUGGAGAAACUCGUCAACGACAAAACCCAGGAACUCUACGACGAGAAGAAGAAGUCGGAGGAACUCCUCUACCAGAUUCUACCAAGGAGUAUAGCGGAGAGUUUGAAGCAGGGCCGCCACGUAGAGCCCGAGUGGUUCGAGUGUGUCACCGUCUACUUCAGCGACAUCGUCGGCUUCACGGCGCUGUCAGCCAUGUCAACACCUAUCCAGGUUGUUAAUCUUCUAAAUGACCUUUACACGUGUUUCGACAGCGUCAUCGACAAUUUUGACGUUUACAAGGUGGAAACAAUAGGCGAUGCAUAUAUGGUGGUUUCAGGACUUCCGGUUAGGAACGGAAACAAGCACGCUAGAGAAAUAGCCCGUAUGUCACUGACGAUGUUGAAGGGGAUCGUGAAGUUCCGAAUCAAACACAUGCUAGAUAGGACCGUAAAGUUGAGGAUUGGUCUGCAUUCAGGGGCGGUCUGUGCAGGAGUUGUGGGUCUCAAGAUGCCCAGAUACUGUCUGUUCGGGGACACAGUGAACACCAGCUCCAGAAUGGAAUCCACGGGAGAAGCAAUGAAGAUCCACAUCAGUCCAACCACUAUGGAGUUGUUACAGAGUUUCCAGACAUUCCAGAUAGUUGAGCGAGGAAAUAUCAACAUCAAGGGAAAAGGUAUGAUGUGCACCUACUGGCUGGAAGGAGAGGACAAGGAUCGGAUGUCACAACUCAGUGGCAGUGAUUGA